UAUGCUACAACAGGAGUCGGAAGAAACACACACCAAACGGUCUUCUGAUUAUUCUAAGGGAGAAGUCACCAGUGAAGGACUGGCUUGGUCAGAGGAAAUGAGCAACACAACUGAAGACUAUGAAUUUGAGGAUUUCUUUGCGGACCAUGAAAGAUUGCAGGAAAGGAUGCAGAUUGCUUCUUUGGUGAUCUGCAGCUUUGCAUUUGUGCUGGGGGUCCUUGGCAACGGGCUGGUCAUCUUCAUCACUGGCUUUCGUAUGAAGAAGACGGUCAACACAGUCUGGUUCCUCAACCUGGCCAUUGCUGACAUCAUCUUCAUCUUUUCCCUGAUUUUUGUCCAUGCUGCUGUGGUCUUCAAGUGGUACAUCAAUCAGUUCUUGUGCAAGAUGAACAAAACCCUCUUCUUCCUCAACCUCUAUGCCAGUGUUUAUUUCCUUAUGGUCAUCAGCAUUGACCGCUGCAUUUUUGUCAGGCAUCCGGUCUGGGCUCAGAAUCACCGAACACCUUGGCUGACUUCUUUUGUGGCCUUAGGUGUGUGGAUCCUAGCCUUUUUGUUGUCUUCUCCCCAUCUCUAUUUCGGGGGAACCGUAAAAAAUAUGAAAGUUAUGAACUGCUUUAACGAUUAUGGUAACACCACAGAUAUUAAAAUGUACAGGCGUCAGAAUAUAAUCAUCAGCAACUUCGUCUUUGCCUUUGUCAUUCCCUUCACAGUUAUUCUUCUCUGUUAUGGGGAGAUUGUCUUGAAACUCAGAAAGGGUCAAUUGUUUCAGUCAAGCAAGCCCUAUAAGGUCAUCACAGCUGUGUUUGUGGCCUUUUUUGUAUGCUGGUUCCCUUAUCAUGUUUUUUCUUUCAUUGACCUGAAAUAUUCAUCACGUCUAGACAUGUGGUUGGCAGUGGAUAUUGGUGUUCCCAUAGCAUCUUGCUUGGCUUUUAUCAACAGUUGCCUCAAUCCCAUCUUCUACAUCUUUAUGGCUCAGGAUUUCAAAGACAGCCUGAGAAAGUCCUUCCUAUCUGCAAUUGAGAAUGCCUUCACAGAAGAGGUCAGGCAGACUUCAGCAACCAACAAAACCAGAUCUUCAGCAGAGCUGGAAUCCCAGUUAUGAACUCUGCAAAACCACCCCAUUCCAAAACCUGUUGGCUUGAGAAGACACAGGCAAUGCUCAGGAUGUUCUUUCCAAAUCUAUUCCCUACACAUCCCAACUGCCUUCUUUGUCUCAGUCCAAAGCUAGAGUGAAUUGAAUCUGGUUGAUUCCUCCAGGUGCUGUUGUGUAUUUGCAUUUGUGUGUGUGUUUGUGUGUGUGGUUUUGUGUGUGUGUAUUUGUCUCUCUGUGUCUGACUCUCUCUCUCUCUCUCUCUCUCUCCACAUACACACAGCAGCAUCUGUAUGUAUAUAUACCUGCGUCUAACUGCAAGUAUGAAUCCCAGAUUCAGAUAUGCACUCUCAUUUUAUUC